AUGAUCGCUAAACAGAAAAUAAAAAUAUUGAUUGGUGUGAUAAUCGUGAUAGCUACAUAUCAUUUCAUCGUCUCUUCAAAUGUCAGAAGCAAAGACUUGUCUGAUUUGGUUGAUCUAGGUUCAUCAGAUAAAUCAACUACCGAAAAUGAACGUCCAAAGAACAAUAUAGUCACCAACAAUAGACUUGAUAACCCUCCUAAUGAAGAUAUUCCUCAUGCUGAACCUGAUUCUCCACCUCAAGAACCACCAAAAAGUGGAAACAAGCCUGACUUUAGUAUAUUCUUUGAAGGUUUAGAAAAAUUUGCAAUUAAACAGCCUGGAAUUAAAGACAAAUACACCUCAGAAAAGGCUAAAGAGAAAUUCUCGACUGACGAUAACUUUUUGUUCGGCAAAGAAUACUUGGAAAACGUUUUGGAUAUCCCACAAGCAACUUUCAAAGAGUUAAAAGAUAGUCAUAAAAGAUAUGUCGAUGAACAUAUCCCUAAAAUGCUUCAACGUGUGAAAACUUUCGGUAGUUUAGCACCAUCCGACAAAGAGUGGGAAUCAUAUAAGGGCUCCUCGGGUUACAUAAUUGUUGGGGGUGGAAGAUUUACCUGGUUAUCGUUUUUAGUGAUUAAGCAAUUAAGAGCUACAGGCGCCAAAUUGCCUGUUGAAAUGUUUAUUGCUACUGAAAGUGAUUACGAAAAAGAAUUUUGUGAAAAGGUUUUACCAAAAUAUAAUGCAAGAUGUAAUGUGUUUGAUUACAAAUUAGCAGACGAUUUAAAGAAACGUUUUGACAUUGGCGGUUAUCAAUACAAAAUGUUGGCUUUGCUUAGUUCGAAAUUUGAAAACGUCUUGUACUUAGAUUCUGACAAUUUCCCAACUAGAAACGUUGACUAUUUGUUUGAAAGUGAUUUAUACAAGGAAAAUAAUCUUCUUUUAUGGCCAGACGCUUGGGCCAGAACUACAAACCCCAAAUACUAUGAAAUUGCUGGCGUUCCCGUUAAAGAAAACAAAUUAAGAUAUUCAAAGUAUGAUGAAAAACAAGCUGGCGGUAAAGACAAACUCAAGCCAUUGUCAGAAUACACAUUCAAAGACUCUUGGUAUCAUGAUUUUGAAGGUACACUUCCUGAUCCUACUUCAGAAACUGGAAUGUUCAUGGUCAACAAAAGUAGUCAUUUGAAGACUUUAUUGCUUUGUUUAUACUACAAUGUUUUUGGACCACAAUACUAUUACCCAUUGUUGACACAGGGUUCAGCUGGGGAAGGAGAUAAAGAAACGUUUAUUGCUGCUGCACAUGUAAUGAAGGAACCAUGGUACCAAUGUGCUCGUCAAUUUAAAUGGACUGGGUAUGUGUCUAAAGUGGACAAUAAAUUUACUUCUAAAGCAUUAGCUCAUUACGAUCCUGUUCAAGCUCAAGAUACUACCAGACAAGAUGUGGAUAUAAUUUUUAUGCAUCUUUCUUAUCCAAAGUUCUAUCCAAACUGGUUGGCUGACAACCAUGACCUUGUAUAUGCUGACACUGAUGAACAUAUCAGAAUGUACAGCUCUAUCAAUAAGAAUGUCGGAUAUGACUUUGAUUUGAGAGUGAUGCAAUUUUUCACCGAAGGAUUGUGUCCUAACUAUUAUGAUUCCAAGACCGGAAAGCCAAUUGAAAAUAUUCCUCAUAUCGAUUAUACUAAUGAUUAUAUGGGCAACCAUUUGAUGUAUGUUAAAGACGAGGAACAGAAUAAUAUUGAUAGAUGUAAUAAAGUCUUUAUUCCUCAUUUGAAAUGGUUGAAGGAAACAGCUGAAAUUCCUACAGUAGUUUCUUGA